UCAUUCUCAGUCUUCAAUCUCAUAUAUACUCCAAAGUUUUAAUAUCUAAACCUACAAUCAAGCGAUCAAAUAACACCAUGGUCCGCGAGAAGAAGCUCGUUGAUGAAGUUUCCGGUUGGCUUAGACUCUACAACGACGGCUCAGUAGACCGGACAUGGACUGGACCACCUCAGGUCAAGUUCAUGGCUGAGCCCGUUCCACCACAUGAUGAAUUCAUCAACGGAGUUGCCACCAAAGAUGUCAUGGUGGAUGAAAUGUCUGGCCUUCGCGUCCGAAUAUAUGUACAGGAGAGAAAGCCGGAGGACAACGACGAGACUAAGCUUCCGGUAAUCCUUCAUUUUCAUGGAGGCGGCUUUUGCAUUAGCCAAGCAGAUUGGUUCAUGUACUACCACAUGUACGCCAGCCUUGCACUAGCAGCCAAUGCCAUUUGCGUCUCUGUCUAUCUACGCCUUGCACCGGAGCACCGUCUCCCGGCUCCGAUCAACGACGGCUGCUCCGCUCUCCUUUGGCUCCGUUCCUUGGCUCGAGCAGAGUCAUACGAGUCUUGGCUGAGUGACGAUGCUGACUUUUCCCGCGUUUUUCUCAUAGGAGAUAGCUCAGGUGGCAACAUAGUCCAUGAAGUGGCCGCUCGAGCUGGGAGACUUGAUUUGAGUCCCCUGAAGCUAGCCGGAGCGAUUCCGAUCCACCCUGGUUUCGUUCGAGCGGUGAGGAGCCGGUCGGAGCUGGAACAACCGGAGUCGCCGUUUCUAACCCUAGACAUGGUGGACAAGUUCUUGAGCUUGUCCCUGCCGGUGGGUUCAACCAAGGAUCAUCCGAUUACGUGUCCGAUGGGUUCUACGGCGCCAGAUUUGGAUACUCUGAAGCUGCCGCCGUUCCUUCUCUGUGUUGCGGAGAAGGACAUGAUUGUGGAUACGGAGAUGGAGUACUUUGAGGCCAUGAAGAAGGCGAAGAAGGAUGUGGAACUUCUGAUCAGCCCUGGAAUGAGUCAUAGUUUUUAUCUUAACAAGAUAGCAAUAGAUAUGGAUCCGCAGACGGGUGCGCAAACAGAGAGUCUGAUUUCUGGGAUAGUAGAGUUCGUCAAGAAGCAUUGA